UUUUUUAGGAACUGUUAUACUGCUAGUUAAUUCUAAAAUUUCGAACAGAGAAGUCUUUCUCUUCGUGAACUUCCCAUUUUUGAUUUUUCAGGUAUAAAGAAGAAUCCUAACUUGUCUGGCAGGAGAGUCCCGCCAAAAAUGUCCUGUUUUUCCGCGACAUUUCCCAUUCCGUAUUCUCCCCCCAAAACGACGCCGCUCUGCCAGUGGCACUGAUCCAAACGAAACCAGUACCAGUACUACCUUCCUUCCUUGAUUCCCUCAAUGACUCUCGCCGCUGCCUUCAAGUCCUCAAAACUCAUCUCCUGGAAAUCCACUGGCAGGCUUCAGCAAACCGUAACUGGAUGCAUAGAGCGGACCGGGAACACUCUGCACUCCGGCGAGGUUUCCACCGUGAAACUUUGGCCGGAGCUCGCGGGAAAAGGGAGGUACUUCGAUUUCCGGUCAAAUUUGAUUCCGACCUCGGUCGAUUUUGCGGAAGAAUCGCCUCUGUGUACCACGCUCCAUAAGGAUGGGUUCAGAAUUCGAACCGUUGAGCACUUGCUUUCGGCUUUGGAGGCCGCCGGUGUUGAUAAUUGCAGGAUUGAGAUGCAGAAUUCGGAUCCUAAAGUUUGCGAGGUUGAGGUUCCCAUUUUUGAUGGCUCGGCAAGUGAAUGGGUGAAGGCCAUAGAACAAGUUGGGUUAAAGGUGGCCACAGAUCAGUGUGGGAACAGUUGUGAAAAAAUGGCACCUUAUGUGAAUGAACCAGUGCAUGCAUGGAGGAAAGAUUCUUUUGUUGCUGCAUUUCCUUCACAAAAGGUUCACAUAACUUAUGGGAUUGACUUCCCACAGGUGCAUGCUAUUGGCUGUCAGUGGUUUUCUUCAGCACCGCUGGAUAAUUAUUUUUACUCCGAGCAGAUAGCUUCAUCAAGAACCUUUUGUGUUUAUGAGCAGACAUGGUGGUUUUGUUUGACACUUUGCAAUGUUCAAGCCUUGCAGGUGGAGCAAAUGCGUAAUUCUGGGCUCAUAAAAGGGGGCUCACUGGACAAUGCCAUUGUAUUGCCAGCAAAGUUGCCUUUUUGUUUUAGAUACCAAGUACCUUUUGGCUUAAUAAUGAAUCAUCCAGCUGCCUUUGAUUGGCAGCCUAACAAAUUCUGAUCCCAAUUGCCUGUAUUUGGCUUUCAUGAGUCCCUCUUUGUCUCUUUGACCACUAGGCUCUGUAUUGGGCCAUAGUUACAGUACUGGCCAUCAUGUCUUCUUCAAAGUCUUGACUGAUAAAACUUUUAUGCCUCCUUGUCUUGUUGUGCCUCAAACUAAACCAUUUCUUCUUAUGGAUGCAGCCAGUGGUACCGUCUUUGUCAAUUUUCUUAUAUCGUACUCAAUUUUGCUACUUCGUAGGCUCCUUACUUCUAUAUAUACUUCUUAUCUCUUAUUUAUCUAAUUAUUAUUAUCUUGACUCACUUUAUAUUUAUAUUUAUUUGUGGAUACCUUUCCUUUGGCUAUUUAAAAUAAUGUAUGUGGAGUUCCAACCAGCAAAAAAGCACAGUUCCCUUGUGAUACAAUUUGAUAUGCAAUCGCAUCACUUGAGAAUAACCUUCUUUCAGUUCAAUGCUUUGAAUAAAAGUCCUCAGUUUGACCUGCCCAACGUUGUUUAUGACAAUUAAAAAUACCUAGAACAUUACUAAUAGCCAUCAGAUUUCAUUACCCUUUAGUUGCUCCUCCAUUUACUAAUUUAUGUUUUACAUACUGUUACAAACUUACGAAAAAAAAUUGUGCAUCAUGGGGACACUAGAGGGCAUUGAUCUCAUCCAUGGAGAGGAUUAGUUUAAUGAUUGGUUUGCAUUGGGGGUCUUUGAUCUUUUUCUUAAACAAGUAGAAUCUAGAGACCUUGAGGUUGAUUGGUAAGAUUUUCCUUCACCCAGUACCUACUUUGGUGGUACUUAUCUCUGUAACCAACUGCAGCAUUUGGUUUUAGUAUGGAGCCAUAACAUAUCUACGAUCUAUCUAAUUAUUUCUGAAUGUAUUAGUUUCGAUGGGAAAAAAAAAAGAACAGAAAAGAGAAAAAAGAUUUUAUGCAAUAAAACAAAAAAAGAAAAGAAAAGGUAGAAUGAGUGACUAGAUCUCUAUGAUUUGAUUGUGGUUGAUCAUUAACAAGAUUUGAUUUAUAGUUCUCAUCUGGAAAUGUAUUUCUUAGUCAUUAUGAAUAUAAGAACUAUGUAGUAUUCGAUUGAUCCCGGAAAUAUAUACUUGUUACAGCCACAAACCAGGCAUUGGAUCUAGCAAGCAUCUAUGCUGAUGGCACUGUGGGUAGAAGUGUUAUCUUUACUAAGUUAACCCCCCAUUGUCACAACUAACAGAAAAAGAACGCACUAGAAAAUAAUAGAAGUAGCUUUAACAGUUCAAUAAACUACAGUUGCUUGCAUUAAUGACCAUUUGAUUUCCCCAUCGUUUUCAUUCUCCACAAGCUUUGGCACCAUCUGUUGAAAUCCAAUUCUUCCUGUUUGAAGUUUAGAUGAUUGCAUUGUCUGAAAGCUCAUGGAAAAAAAAGUGUUGAUUACAAGACACUAAAUUGGGUUCUGACUUUUUGCAU